GUGGGGUCAAUUGAGAAGACGAUUAUUCUGGGAUUCCAAUUGAGUCACUCUUGUCUAAAAAUUUGGAUACAGAACCGAUUCAUUUUCUUCAAUCGAUUGAGUAUAUAUUCCAGAAGGUGUCAGUGCACCGCGCAUUGAGCACCUGUCAACAUGCCUACCGUCCAUUUGCUCGACUACGUUGCUGGAAAUGUCCGUUCUCUGGUGAAUGCGAUUAACAAAGUCGGCUACGAAGUCGAAUGGGUGAAAUCUCCCGAAGAUUUGAAGAAUGUCGAGAAACUUAUCCUACCCGGAGUCGGCCAUUUCGGCCAUUGCCUUUCACAACUUUCGAGCGGGGGCUAUCUAGAGCCUAUUAGACAGCAUAUCGCUUCUGGGAAACCAUUUAUGGGUAUUUGCGUUGGUUUACAAGCUCUUUUCGAGGGUUCAGAGGAGGACCCCGAUGUUCCAGGUCUGGGAGUGAUUCCAGUGCGCAUGCAGAAGUUCAACUCUGAAACAAAAAGCGUACCUCAUAUUGGCUGGAACUCCGCAAUGAACACCCGCAUCAACUCAUCCGGGGGUCAGAGCUUUUACGGACUGAAUCCCAGCAGCAAGUACUACUAUGUUCAUUCCUAUGCCGCUCUUUACGAACCCAACGUUCUCGAACAAGACGGUUGGUAUGUUGCUACAGCGAAGUACGGCGAGGAGGAGUUCAUUGGUGCCAUAGCGCGAGGAAAUAUUUUUGCAACCCAAUUCCACCCCGAGAAAAGUGGUCAGGCUGGACUCCGGACAAUUCGCGCUUUCUUGGAUGGUGAUCGAUUCCAGACACUUUCUACAGAAGACUCGGCCCACCAGGCAGAGAAAAGUGGGCUCACUCGUCGAAUCAUUGCUUGUCUCGAUGUCCGCACAAACGACGACGGGGAUCUCGUGGUCACAAAAGGCGAUCAAUACGAUGUCCGGGAAAAGAGCGAUGCGGAUGCUGGAGGGCAAGUAAGAAAUCUGGGAAAGCCUGUUGAUAUGGCUAAGAAGUAUUAUGAACAAGGGGCCGAUGAAGUUACAUUCCUUAACAUUACCUCGUUCAGAAACUGCCCAGUGGCUGACCUACCUAUGCUUGAGAUUCUGAGAAGAACAUCAGAGACUGUCUUUGUUCCUCUGACUAUCGGCGGUGGGAUCAGGGAUACCGUGGACACGGAUGGCACUCAGAUUUUGGCUCUAGAAGUGGCAACCAUGUACUUCAAGUCCGGUGCAGAUAAGGUCAGCAUUGGCUCGGAUGCUGUAACUGCUGCCGAGGAGUUUUAUGCAGCUGGUGGAGUUUUGUCUGGCAAAACAGCUAUCGAAUCGAUAUCAAAGGCGUACGGGAACCAAGCAGUCGUUGUCAGCGUCGACCCCAAACGCGUAUACGUGAACAGCCCGGAGGACACAAAGCACAGCACAAUCAAAACGGAAUACCCGAACGCUGCUGGACAGACCUUUUGCUGGUACCAGUGCACGGUCAAGGGCGGCAGAGAGACCCGAGACAUAGAUGUCUGCCAGCUAGCGAAAGCAGUUGAGGCAAUGGGUGCUGGCGAGAUUCUACUGAAUUGUAUUGACAAAGAUGGAAGCAAUAGCGGGUUUGAUUUGGAACUCAUCAAUCACGUCAAAGCUGCAGUCACGAUACCCGUGAUUGCCUCCAGCGGAGCUGGCAGACCACAGCAUUUUGCAGAAGUUUUUGAGAAGACCACUACUGAUGCAGCUCUAGGUGCUGGCAUGUUCCAUCGUGGAGAGUACACUGUUGGUGAAGUGAAGGACUAUCUCAAUAGUAGGGAUUUCCUGGUUCGUAGAUUUGAACCUGAUAUUUAACUAGAGGAGCAGAAUGGAUUUUGUAAUAUUCAGGAAAGAAAAGAAUGUUACUUUAGCUGGGCUGACUGUUCUAAAAUUAGAGCAUAGAAUAUGUAUAUAGAAAUGGUUAUUCUUCCUCUAACUAACUACCUAGGUAGGUUAGAAAAGGAUGUAUUUCUUUUAGAUAGUUAGCGUAUCCUUACCUGCUUCCACCGCCUUGUCUGAC